AGUCUGAGAAAACAGCACUCCCAUCAUCUACUGAGAAGACAGACUCACUGACUGCUGUAGAAAAGACCGACGAGACUGAAACGACACCUUCAGGUUCUUUGGAGAAAGUUGAAGGAGGAAUCAUCAACAAUGUGGAUAUCAUCAUAGCCGCAUGGGUCAUGCAGUUUGUUACCUCGGGCUACGUGAACGCCUUCGGUGUAUACCAAGAUUUCUACACCCGGGAAUUCAUCACCAAUGAAUCUACCUCCACUAUAAGUUGGAUAGGGAGCACGAACAAUCUACUGGUAUUUGGCGGUGGUCUCAUUUUUGGUAGGAUCUUCGAUGCGGGAUAUUUCCGAUCUAUGCUCGCUGGAGGAUCUUUACUUUUCAUCUUCUGCUUGUUCAUGAUUUCGUUGACGCAGCCUAAUCACUGGUACCAGAACUUUCUGGCGCAAGGAAUUGGUCUAGGGGCCGCUCAAGGACUUCUCUACCUCCCAUCGCUCGCCGUCAUUGGACAGCAUUUUGAAAAGAAACGGACCUUUGUCAUGGGUAUUGUCGCAUCAGGAGCUGCCGUCGGUGGUAUCAUUCACCCCAUCAUGCUCAAUCAGCUUUUCAACGGAAGUGUCGGCUUUCACAACGGCGUUCGCACCAGCGCCGCAAUGAAUGGGUUCCUGUUGAUUGUUGCUAAUGUUCUGAUGAUACGGCGAGGCGUCGAGCAAGAAGUGAACCACGAUACACCGGCGACGGAUCCGCCAGCAAAGAAGUGGUACCAGUUCUUCCUCGACCCUGACUAUGGUACUGCGGUAGCUGGGAACUUCCUCUUUUUCCUUGGAGGCUACUUCCCGUUAUUUUAUCUCCAAUUGUCUGCCGUCACCCACGGUAUUGAUCCGACACUGGCGUUCUACUCUAUAUCCAUUAUGAACGCCGCCAACCUUCCAGGGCGGUUACUUCCAAACCGCUUUGCCAGUCGCUUGGGAGUCCACAAUCAGAUGAUCGUCUCCGCAGCCGUCUGCGGCGCAUUUUGUUUCCUGUUCCUUGUCAUGAAGAAUGUCGCCAGUCUUGUUUUGAUUGCUAUCAUCUAUGGCUUCGCUUCCGGUGCUUACGUUUCACUACUGGCACCUAUGCUUUCAGGUCUUGCAGACAGUGUAAAUGAGAUCGGGACCCGCAUGGGCACAUGCUUUGCAAUUGGAGGUGUCGCUACUUUCGUUGGUCCGCCAAUAAUGGGUGCCCUCCUCACUUCCAAAUAUAUUUGGCUUCGUCCAUCUGUCUUCAGCGGGGCGUGCGUCGGAGCUGGUGUUCUGUUGAUGAUCAUAGCGCGUCACUUUAAAAUCAGGAAGCUGUCGCUCAGGGGUACUCCCCUGAAAAGAAAAUUUGUUGUCUAACCGGUUCAUCCACAUUCCACAAUCCUUCGUACCUCGCAAUAGACUUCGGGCGUGGUCGAUUCUCUCACGUUUUAUGACAGCUUUUUUCACGAGCAUAUAAUGCAAAUCUUGC